AUGAAGUUCACCAGUGUUCUCUUCACUCUGGGCCUGGCCACCAGUGUUUUGGCCAACCCUACCAAGGUCGUCCGUGAGCCCAGCCUCGUUGAGCGUGAUGUCGCCGCAGUGACCAGCGUUCUUGCCGACAUCGAGACCAAGGUCAAGGCCCUUGAUUCUGCCAUCAACAGCUACAGCGGUGGAGACCCCUCCAAGGUCGAGUCUGCCUCGACCGACUUGGUCUCAACUAUCAACUCGGGUACCACCACUGUUAACGGCGGCGACGAUCUUAGCUCCACCGAUGCUCUCGAGAUCCCUGGUCCUGUCCAGGACCUGACCAAGGACGUUCAGACUGCGGUCAACGACCUGAUCUCGAAGAAGGACCAGUUCGUCUCGGCUGGUGCUGGUGCCACUGUCUACCAGCAGCUCCAGAAGCAGUACACUGCUGCCAAGAGCCUGGCCGACGCUCUCACUUCCAAGGUUCCCGAGUCCCUCUCUAGCCUUGCCAGUUCUCUGUCUGCUGGCAUCACCGAUGCCAUCCAGAAGGGUGUCGAUGAGUACAAGGAUGUUGCUACUAGCUCUGGCACCGCUUCCAGCGCUACUUCCGCUGCCUCGUCCGCCAGUGACAAGACCGCCACCAGCGCUGCUUCUUCCGCCACUGAGAAGAGCGAGACCACCGCUGCCGCUGCAACCACGGGCGAUUCCGCUACCACUGGUGCUCAAACCUCGUCUCCCGUGAUCCCCACCUCCGCCAGCGCCUCUGUUACCCCCUCCAGCUCCAGCACCCCCUCUGCUUCCGCCAGCUCCACCCUCUUCACUGGGGCUGCCAACUCUGACCGCUUCAGCUACGUCUUCGGUGGUGCUGCUGCCGCUGCUGCCGCUGUUGCUGUUGCCUUGUAA